AUGGUCAUUGAGCACAAACAGCACAAACAGAUCUGGGACCAGGCUAUGUUUGUACUGGACACAGACAGAAGGCAGGAGGAGCACGAGAGAGGGUCCCGUUAUGCUUUCAGCCACGUCUCCUUGACGACUAUGCCUAACAUGAAAACGGUUCCCAUGGCGAUGGUUGCUAAGUGUGAUCAGCGGGAGGUUAUAAUAGAUCUGGAGGUGGAUAACUCUCUGGGCGGUCCGUUCCCCUCCACCACCCACCGAUGCCACCAUAAGCCCAAGCGCUGCCUGCCCAUCCAGCAGUGUGGCGUUGUGGGCGGGGGCCAGAGGAGAGGCCUGGCCAUAAGUCCCUUGCUCUUCCACCCGAACACCAAGGGCUCCCAGAUCGCCAUGGACCUGGCCCAAAGGACCGUCAAGAGGCAGGCCAGCUUCUGUAACGCCAUCACCUUCAGCAACAGACCCGUAGCGUUGUAUGAGCAGGUCCGGAUCAAGAUCACUAAGAAGCAGUGUUGCUGGAGCGGAGCUCUCCGUCUGGGCUUCACGGCUAAAGACCCGUCCCGUAUCAACCCAGACAGCCUGCCCAAGUAUGCCUGUCCUGACCUGGUCUCCCAGAGUGGCUUCUGGGCCAAGGCUUUACCUGAGGAGUUCGCCAACGAAGGGAACGUCAUCGCCUUCUGGGUGGACAAGAAGGGCCGGGUCUUCUAUAGAAUCAAUGAGUCCAACCCGAUGUUGUUCUUCAGUGGGGUGAGAACAGGAGAACCGCUGUGGGGACUGAUAGAUGUCUAUGGGUUGACCCGUGGAGUGCAACUGCUAGAGAGUGAGAUCGUCCCUCCCGACUUCCUCCGUCCACGCUCCUUCACCACCGUACGCUCCUCUUCUCUCCGCCGCGAGGCAGAUGAAUCCCGCCUCUCUGUCAGCCUCUGUGACCUCAACCUGCAGCAAGUGGACGGCUCUGGCCCAGCUCACCCACAUAACCACGCCCAUCUCCACCUGGCCCCUCCCUCCGCCUCCUGCCCCAUCCCCCAGAACUCCCUCAACACCCAGCAGUCCUCUGUCCUCCCACACUCCCUCGAAAGCGACCUCCAUUUCCACGCCCUCCGCGGUGCCCACAUCAAGACGCUCGACGAGCAGACGGUGGCGAGAUCCGAGCACGCCAGAGAGGAGCGAACGCUCGUCUUCACUGACCGGCCACUGCGUACCGGCGAGACCGUGUUCAUCAAGGUGACCAAGUCGAGCCCGGCUAGGUCGGGAUCGCUGUCCUACGGCGUGACAUCAUGCGACCCCGCCGUGCUGCGCCCUAGCGACCUGCCCUACAACCCGGAGGCGUUAGUCGACCGCAAGGAAUUCUGGGCCGUGUGCCGAGUGCCCACGCUGCUCCAGAGCAGUGAUAUACUGGGCUUCCUGGUCAAUCAGGAAGGGGAGGUGAUAUUGAGCCACAAUGGCACCAACGCGGGGAUGCAAGUGUGUGUGGACAACUCCCGGCCCCUGUGGAUGUUCUUCGGUCUGCACGGAGCCGUCACUCAACUCAGGAUACUGGGUUCCACACAUCUCGAGGACCAGCCGGCACGGGCUCCCUCCAACCCCAGCUCUCCCUCCUCCUCCCCCCAUACCCCCAGCGCCCUAGCCCUGGCCCUGGGUAGUGGAAGCUCUGACCCUGUCCUUAACGGAGGCCUGGGAGGCCCCUGCGCCAGUGCCUACUGUGGUGGCUCUGCGGGAGGAACGACCCCCAGCUCGCCCGUCAGCCUCCCCAAGUCGCCCACCUUCCCAUCAGGCAGCGGGAGAGGGCCCGGGUGGCCGACUGGAGAUGAGUGUUCCAUCUGCUACGAGAACCACGUGGACACGGUCAUCUACGCCUGCGGUCACAUGUGUCUCUGCUACACCUGCGGCGUCAAACUCAAGAAGAUGUCCAACGCCUGCUGCCCCAUCUGCAGGAGACAAAUCAAAGACAUCAUUAAGACCUACCGUAGCACGUAGGGGGCCUUUGAAGCUAAGGGCCCCGAAACUGAGGGCCACAGGCAUAAGUUAAUGUGGAGAGGAGGAAGACGUUGGGGAAAGACUUUGAUAAACUUUUAAGAUCAGGGAAAUGGACAAUGGACAGUUCACUCUGGUACUUUUGUGUGAUGGAUAUUGAGGAAGAAUCUUGGUUUUUGUUUCAAAAACCUAUUUUUAGUUGGCUGGUACAGUUAGUAGACCUGCACUGCAAAGGUCUCUUACAUUUCCACUUUCCCUCUCUGACGCAGUGUGUGACGGCUUUUGAAGUGGCGGGGGGUUUGCAACCGCGGAGAGAACUUCCUCUCUCAACUAGAAGUUUUCAUUCUUCUUACGCUCCAAGGAUUCAGGAAGUUUCAGACUUUGAGGAAAGAGAAGACGUGAAACAAGUUUUUAUUUCGUUGUUUAAGCCACUUCCAGACGACUGCCGCGAGUUUGCUCAUUUGCAUGGAAGCAAACGAGGUGGUUUCAAUUGAACGUUUUUGGUCUUGAGAUGAUCUAUUUAUGUUGAAGAGCAGAAGGACUGUUAAGUUCCAACAUUUGCUUCUUAACCUGACUCAACUUUGUCUGUAAAACACAACGACAGACAAAAUAUCUGCCCUUGUCUACAUAUAGUUCUUUAUUAACAUAACGUCUCAGUAUGGCACAACUUCUGUCUGUGUGUUACUUAGGCAAACUGCAGAGGAAAAGAGAGGACUUAUUUGUUGCUCAAGCGUCAUGACCGGAAAGGGGUGCAUUUCUGUAGUAGUCAUAGGAUUCAUCAAUAGGAAGAUGACUACAGUUGUAUAAGGUUGUGAAGUAUAGGGACGUAAGUAUAUGACGUGUGAAGGAGUGCUGUAUCACCUCUUGCUCCUAUAUAGUAAGUCAUAUAUUCUCAACCAAAUGUAUUUGUGUGGUAGUUCUAUAGCACAUUUAUUGGUGGUAGCUGUCCUGUUGCGCUAGCUAGCUAUCUGCUUGCUCUGCAGUGUUGUAUGUUGCACUGGAGCUAGUACUGCACUCUCAAAAAUGCCCCAUCAAGAAAGGAGAAGAAACAGAUUAUUUUACACAAGAAAUUUAAACAACCAUCAAAACAAUGUCACUGGCAGCCUCAGCUCCCAAUCCAAUCCCAGAAUUUGUACCCACAUCAUGUGACUGGAAGCAGGAAGUGAAAGUACAUUUAUUGGGUGUUCCUCAGGUCCAGCUGUUAACGCCCCAAAAUGGUGACACUUUACGCAAACACCAGCCCAAUGCACUGUGAUUGUUGCCAUGGUAAUAACGUUCACCGUCGAUCCGACACAGCCCCCUGCCUUAAUUUAUGAACAGUUCAUUUGUUACAUGCGGAGGUGUGAUAAAUAAUACCUUGUUUCUAUCCAUAUUUUUCACCAAGACCCCUUACUAAAUACCAAAUACAAUGUUGUGUGUCCGAAGAAAAGCUUCCGAAACAGGACUUCAGAGGAUCAACUCAGAGGAUAAAAAGCACAUGAAACAAAACUGAAUUGACUCCAACUUAUUUUUAUAACUCGAAAUACUUACUGGUCAGAGGUCAUUUGCAUCACAGACAGUCAGUAAUAUGUACACAACCCUAACGCUAUCACGGUACUAUUCUUACAUCUGCAUAGUGCUUCCACCAGCAACAAAUACCCUUCACAGUUACACACAUUAAUGUAGGGUUAUGAGAGGUAGAUGGGAGUUCCUCAAUGUUACAAGUUGAUAUACAGUCGGUUACACGCAUUGUCACUUACCCCAUAUGACUUUUAUCACUUUGGGGAGAAUCCUAAUUUACACUUAAGUCGAAUUAUCACAUCAAUGCAAGAAUACCUGAAAAUGUGAUUUUGUAAAAGUAAGAAUUUUCCCCUUUUUGAUCAGUAUGUGUCAUAUAUCCCAUUGAAAUUCCCAUCACGCUUGUGUGUCCUGGAGCAAUAUGCCAUAGCUUUCUGCCGAGAGCUGAAAAGGCCGUUUUUUUAACACGUUUAUCUUGCAUCUUGGUGUAAUGAAUAGAUAAUCGACAAAUGAAUCUGGAAUGUAAUGCUGCGACAGUGUCUGCCAGCUCUCUGUGUUUGGGGCAAAUACUGACAGAUGUUUCGUGUACAUCCUCUUUACACUCACAAACAGAACUUUGUGUUUUUAUGACAUUAUACGCUACUGCUUGAGUGUUAAUUCACAUUUUGAAUGUUAAUUUAUGUUUUAAAAUGAGGCAAAUCGUUUUAUUGGUGUGGUUGGUAGUAUCGAGAGAGAAAAAACAUAUUUUGUCAGCUUUCUUUUUGUUGAUUGAUAGUCAUGAUUGUAAUGUUUGUUUUCUGGUUGAUUGAAACCAUGAAAUAAUCAGCUAUUUCUACUUCUACGGUGUAUCCUAGAGCCAGGAACGAUAUUAUCUUGUACCUUCCACCAAUACCUGGGACUCCCUGCAGUAUACAAUCAUAACACCUUGUUGCUUUGAGUACAAGAUAAGCACAGAUUAAUAAUUUUACAAACCCUGAAUAUUCAGACGCUGAAUUUUUUUGUAAUUUAUACGUUGUUGUUUAUGCCUCCUUUCGAGUCCAAACCAGGUUUGUUUUUAUAGCUCUUACCAAGUAUAUAGUUUAAAGGCCAUCGAUGUAUGGCAAUGUUAAAUGUCACUUUAUAAGAAUCCUGAUUGUACUUUUUAAAUGGUCUAGUCUAUAGGUAAUCUCUGGCAUAUUCUAUCGCAGUAAAAUUUGUGCUGAUACUAAGUGUCCGACGAAAUCCGAAAUCCAAUAAAAAAUGAAUGUGUUAAUCCACCUCGUAAUUUGCAAAGUCUGUGCUAAACACAUGUAAUUUCCCCUUGCUUGAGACAUGUUUUUUACAGUUUUUUUUUUUUACUGACCCUUAAACCAAGGAAUUUAACCUACAACCACUAAUGUAAACAAUAGUCAUUGGACAUACGGUCAUGUCAUAAAUGGCAUACCGUACAUUGGCAACCUAUAAUAAUGUAAAAGUUAAAUAUCAUGCAAAA